UAUACACAUACAGCCUGUGAUCUUCAUGGUAUAGGAGAAGGAAUGUUGUGCGUAGCAUGCUGGCAUAGCACUUUGCCAUUCUCUGCUGCAGGAAAACAUACAGUAUAAGGAAGAGGUUUACUCAUUCUGCCCAGAGGCUGAACCAGCAGAGACAGCAAAACCAAUGAUUCAUUGAAUGAAGACAGCGGACAAUUACCAACAACUUGUUCACAUUUUGCCUUGGAUAGCCUAAGCUGAAACUACUAGCUGAAAAUGACACAGCAAAUGCAUAACUUAAGUCUCCUCCAGACUAAAAAGAACAGCAUGCCAUCCUCUCCAAACGCUGCAAAGCGCUUGUAUCGGAACCUGUCAGAGAAGCUUAAGGGGAGUCACACAUCCUUUGACGAAGCAUAUUUCAGAGCUCGAUCCGACCGGCUCAGUCUUCGUAAGACCUCAAUGAAUUUCCAGUGCAAUGAAGCUAUGUUUGAGGCCGUAGAACAGCAAGAUCUGGACGCUGUUCAGAUUCUUCUUUAUCAAUACACACUGGAGGAACUGGACCUGAACACACCAAACAGUGAGGGACUAACUCCUCUGGAUAUUGCUAUUUUGACAAACAACGUUCCCAUUGCCAGGACCCUUCUACACGUUGGGGCAAAGGAAAGCCCACACUUUGUUAACAAGGAAAGCAGGUCAGUGCAUCUGAGUACGCUGGUCCAGGAAGCACAGCAGCGAGUUACCGAGUUGUCUGCACAGGUGCUGAAUGAAGGCCACGGUACAGACAGCUCAGAGAAAGAGAAGCAGCUGAAAGCAUGGGAAUGGAGACACCGGCUGUACAAGCGCAUGAAGGCGGGCUACGAGCACGCCAGAGCCCCUGAGGCGCCAACCAACGUCUGUCUCAUGGUAACAAGCAGUACAUCACUCACUGUCACCUUCCAAGAACCUUUGAGUGUCAACUCAGCUGUGGUGACCAAGUAUAAAGUGGAAUGGAGCUCUUCAGAAGACUUUUCUCCUUUGGCUGGUGAAAUAAUUAUGGAUAAUCUUCAGUCUUUGAGGUGCACCAUCACAGGUCUCAGAACGGGCCAGAGGUAUUAUGUCCAUGUUUCAGCGUACAACAUGAGAGGAUGGGGACCUCCACGCAAAUCUACUCCUGCAUAUGCUUCUCCUUCAAACUGGAAAGACUGCAGUGGAAGAGAACCUCGGCACAGGGGACACACUGAGGCCCUGGAACGUCUCCUUCAGCAGGUUCGAGCAGCUCAUCAGCAUUAUAAUUGCAGAGAAAGUUCUAAAUUACAGAAUGCUGGUCGCAAGCAAUCAGUUUCCAGAAGCCUGAAGCACCUUUUCCAUUCGUCAAACAAGUUUGUGAAGACUCUGAAACGGGGACUCUACUUAUCUGUUAUAUUUUUUUACAAAGACAAUUUAUUAGUAACCAAUGAAGAUCAAAUCCCAAUCGUGGAAAUCGAUGACUCUCACAGUAGUUCAGUGAUGCAGGAUUUCCUGUGGUUCGCAAAGUUGUCUUGCAUGUGGGAUGAUAUCAGAUGGCUGAGGCAGAAUAUGUCGAUAUCCGUGUCCUCAUCCACGGCACUUCAAGCCAGGCAAAAGAUGCUUUCAGCGGCAGCACAGCUCCAGAAUUUGCUGGGAACUCACAACUUAGGCAGAGUUUUUUAUGAGCCAAUCAAGGAUCGACAUGGCAAUAUGCUGAUAGUUACUAUAAGAGAAGUGGAGAGUCUUUAUUCAUUUUUUAAUGGCAAAUGGAUGCAGGUAUCCAAACUACAAAGCCAGAGGAAAUCCCUUUCAACUCCAGAGGAGCCAACAGCAUUAGACAUCUUGCUUAUAACAAUCCAGGACAUACUUUCCUAUCACAAACGAAGUCAGCAACGCCUCCCUCCCGGCUUGUAUCUGGGCUACCUUAAACUCUGCAGUUCUGUGGAUCAAAUCAAAGUGCUUGUGUUGCAGAAGCUGCCUAAUGUCCUGUGUCACGUUAAAAUCCGAGACAACAGCAAUGUCUCCAAAGAUGAGUGGGAAUGGAUCCAAACACUUUCUGGCUCAGAAUCUGUGGAAAGUAUGGAUCAUACUUCAGACUGCCCUACUCAAUUGUUCUUGUAUGAGCUCCAGAUGGCAGUGAAAGCUCUCCUAAAACAGAUCAAUCUACCUCUGCAUCAGGCUAAGCACUUCCGUCUGUAUACACAGGAGGUGUUGGAACUGGGUCACAAUGUCUCCUUUCUUCUCCUGCUCCCCGCCUCAGACGACGUCUGCACUGCCCCAGGACAGAAUAAUCCUUACACCCCACACUCAGGAUUUCUUAACCUCCCUCUUCAGAUGUUUGAACUCGUUCAUUUUUGCUGUUACAAGGAAAAAUUUAUAAGCCUGUAUUGCCGCCUUUCUGCUGUCAUAGAGCUGGACUCUCUGAAAACCCAGCAAUCCCUAAGGGAAGCAAUUUCAGACAGUGAAGUCGCUGCAGCCAAACAAAGACACCAGCAAGUUAUAGACUACAUACAGCAAAUUGAUGAGAUCUGGAGGGAAAUGAGAUGGAUCACAGAAGCACUGCAGUAUGCAAGAUACAAGCAGCCAGCAGCUGGCCUACCCAUAAUGAAGGUUGUGGAUCUUUCAGAAGAACACCCUCAAAAGAAAAUCAGUUCAACCUCUUCACAUCUAGAUUGUCUUCCUUCACCUCCCCCUUCACCUGAGGCGAGGCUCCAGAGGAGAAAAGCUGUGAGUGAUUCCCAGCCCUGCUCAGAUGAAGAAGGCUGCUCCGAAGUAUUCCUUCCAACUGACAGUGACUAUGACUCCAGUGAUGCAUUAAGCCCCAGAGAAUUAGACCUGAUUUAUUCCUCUUCACAUGACAUAUCGCAGCAGGCGGGCAGUGGCCUGGGUGGCAGUGCACCUGACGUGCUCCAAGUCCACGACAUGAAGCCUUGCCUAACACUGAAAGAAGGUGAUGCCUUGAAAGAGUGUGGUGCCUUUGAUACUGAUGCUGAAUAUUGCACAGAGUAUAUGAACAAUCUAACAAUGUCAGGACUUACAUCCAAAAGCAUAGACAAGUCCUCUAGCUCCAAGCAGCCAUUGAGCUUUUUAGGGAAGAAAAAGCUAGGGAAACAUCAACAUUACAACUACUUCAGCCGGCAUCAUCGUUGGCUGCGUGUGCACAGCGAGACACAGUCUGGGUCUCUGUCUGAAGGUGUGUAUACUCAGCAUCUCAUGACAUCUUCAGAUUUGUCUCAAGAACCUACCUCCAGUGAGCAGUUAAACAUUCCCAUUGAUGGGUCUCGGAGCACUUUCUUACCUCAUACAUCCAGCCUUCCAGAAGAUGGGAAAGGCACGUCUGAGGAAUCGAAGCAGAACGUCCAUAGGAUACACGUGGAGCCUUAUAAAACAACAUUUCUGGGUGAAGAGGGCAAGUCUAGGGCAAUGAGCACAGAGCCUGUAGAACACAAGGAUGUGCAUAACGCUAUGCAACAGAUAAUGGGUCCGGAUGACCAGUCGGGUUCUGCCGUCUCAGAAGUCUUCAGCAGCACACUUUAACCCCAGACUUCUGCACUGCUUCCUGCUGCUCCUCAGUGAGACAGGAGGCAUUAUGCAUACAGGGCCAUACCUUCAAAACCACUUGUAAAAAUCCAGCUCCUGAAAAGGCAACUCGUGCCACUCAAAACAAUCCUAAUCUUUUGACUUCAUCCGCAGAUUUCUCGUCUUUCAGGGGUAUCUGUCAUGAUGCAAGCAUUAUUAUUGGCAUCUGCAGUUUUGCAGGUAGAGUCGUAACAGUCACCAUAUAACAGAACUAUCUGUGGCUGCAAAUCUAAUAAUCAGGUUUUGCAGUUCUCUUGAUUUCCAUGUAUCUUGCAGCAUGCAAAAUUUUAAGCAUGAGUUGUUCUGCCUGCAGGUUAGCAGAAACUGUAACAUCCUUGGUGUCGUCUCGUUAGGACUGUGUCCUAUACUUCUAUUAGCCUGUUUUCCACCAUUUCCUAUAAAUUUUCCUACUUCCCAGCCUUCUUGAAUGGAUUUAGGUUGCACAGAACUGAAGUGCUAACUGGUCUAGUAACACAGUUAACCCAGAGUUUCUAGCCACUUACAGAGAAAUGAAAAUUCUUUCAAUGUCUAGAAAAUGCAGUCAGCACCAUCUCCGACUGCUGUCAGAGCCUGACAUAAUGAUCACAAUGUGUUUUUUUCAGGAGCUUAGAUUUCAAAUUAUAUAAGUAGUGAGUUAUUUUAAAAGCUUAAGAGGUACCUUUGAGGUCAAGAGGAGGUAGAAUGAGGCCAAGUUCUGAAGGAAUAAUAUGCAGGGUCUAAGUGAGACUGAAGCAAAGCCUGGUCUUUUCUUCUGCCCACCACCCAAGAGCGCAUUUCUUUAUGUUGGAGGCACUCUCAUACCCCCAUUGGAAAGAAACGCCCCUGUUUUUGUCCCUGAAUAUUCCCUGUAAACGUCAGGGGUAUUCGAUCACCAUGUCUGAAAUGGGGAUAUUCUGGCAAUUCAGAUUAGGGAAACUUGGGGUGCAAUUUGAAUCUAAGAUUUUUUUAUUUGGGCCACCAGUAAAUAAGAGCAGGAGGUGGUGUUGUAGCAUGUUGUAUUUGUCUAAAGGAAGAUCACAGUAAGUCAUGAUUUUGUCCUUUGCAACCAGAAUAAGACUUAUAGUACUACAGAAGAUCAUCUCAAAAAUGAAAUCUGUAUUAAUGAAAACUGUAACAUUUGAGUCACUAAGAAAUGAACUAAUGUGGAGAGAAACCCCAGCUGUUGCACAAGCUUUAAUUUUUCUUAAACAGUUCUUGAAGUUUAAUUUUACGGGCCACAUUCCUGCUGGUUAAAUUCCCUCACUCCAUGUUUGUGCAGCCUUCUACCUUUCAAUUUUUCAGCCUCCAGGUGGAUACAUUCUAAGGCCUCCAAUAAAGAGAUUUGAGUUAAAUAGUUGAGUUUACAAGUCCUUGAGGUAAAGGUAAGGAUUUGGGCCCAUGAUCUGUGGUCCUUAUUAAAAUAGCACUUCCAUAACCCCAGUGCUAUUAAAAUCCCUGUGAACUCAAUCCAUAAAUUCAAAAAUAAAUGUUAUUCACUAUUUUAUGCUUGGUCAGUAUGUGGAAGCCAAGAAGAGUCUUUGCAGUGAUAUAAGGGCAAAAACUUUGUAUAAGGGAUUUACAUUUGUAACUACUCUUUUUGGGAGAGGGAAGUUAACUUUUUGCACCAAAAAUAUUCAUUCAUUACCUGAUCCAAAGCUCAGUGAGGAUGGAAAGACUUCCAUUCACUUCCCCAGGCUUUGAACGCGACCAGCACUGGAAAUUCCUGUGGGUGAGAAGAUGCGGGGGGGAGCAGAAGGGCCAGUGCCAAUUUGCAGCGAGAAGGACAUACAUUGUGUGGAACUGCAUGGGGAAAACCUGACUCACACCCCACAGCACCAAACAGGGAUGUUUUACUGUCACCGAAGGCAGCAGCAGCUUGUUACAUUAGAUUAUGUUCAUUAGCAGAAGGCUUUUCACCAGGGAGAGCCAGAACAAUGUUCGUGCUCAUAUUCAGAAGUCAAAAUUAUUUACAUUGUUGUCUAGUACAGAGCACCUAACCCAGGCUCCCUUAAUCUGUUUAGCCUCGAAGCAAAACUGCCGUAAAAAUGUCUAUUAAAGAAUAAAAAUAACAAUAUGCUGAGGCCAUAUGUUUUUGCAGGAAGUGACGAGAUAAAACAAGAUGUUCCUAAAUGAAACCCACCUUGCUUUGCUUUGGCUCUUCAGGAACAGUGAGGGCAAGAACUAGCAAAAUCUACAGCAGAAGGACAGGUACACACUGCUGGGGAGGUACUGAUGGAAACAUCUCUUCUACUGCUGCUGGGCUUUUCCAGAAGUAGUCAUGUAUCUAAUAAAAAGCUGGAUUCUUUACUGGUAGAAAGGGUUGACUUCAUCAUAAUCUUCAGUGCUAGGGUGGAAUUUGACUCUUGGGAGUGUGCAAGCGCCAGCCACAACCUACCCCAUCUUGAUUUUAACCUCAUUAUAUGGAAAUAGUGUUUACGUGACAGCCAGUGGGGCAUGCUUCCUUCAUCCUGUGACCUCUAGAUUGAGGUUCUUCCACAUACUUCAUAUAGGUGAAAUAGUAAUUGAUAGUUCUGACUUUAAAUACUUCUGGUUAUAAAGCAAUGAAUUAACUUUUGGUAGAAAUAUGUGUUCUUUGUUCAAAAUCGCUAUCUCUACCUAUUCAGUGGGUAACUGAGUAAAGCAGCUCCUUAAAAGAAUGGCAAUGAAGACCCAGAGAUAAAUAAAUAGUAGAAAGUGGUGCCUUUCAAAUAUUUCUGUGGUUCAUUUACAUUUCAUAAGUAACCAUCGCAAUUCAGAAGAAUAAUGAAAAAUACAGCACUGUUAUCCCCACUCCAUAAAGGCACGAGUGACUCUUCCGAGUAAUGCUUAGGGGAAAGGCUUCUAGUCAGGAAUCUAAUUAAAAUUAGGAACUCAGACCUUUAAUUACUAGGGGGCCUUUCUGCAGGUUGAGCUAAGAGUGCCCCUCCAAGGAUUCUUGAGCAGAAACGGGAAAUGCUGUGGCUCAGAGCCCACAGCAGAGGAGAAUUUCAUUAGGCAGCAGACAGAUCUUUCAAAUGACUCUAUACUCUCUUCCAUCAGCUGAAGCUCAGCUCUAAAAUGGGUCCCUGGGCUUUGCAAACUUCUGGGUAGCUCCUCUCUUACUCAUAGGUCUUGCCACAGAAUUUCUGUCCUCCAUUUUCCAGGCAGUGUAUUUUCACCUGAGCUGAACCCAGUCCCUCCCUAUUUCCAGGCAUGACUUGGACUGGCCACAAAAGAAUAUAGUGCUUUAAUAUUAUGACUCCACGGAAACAAAAACAAACAACAAACCAUGGACCAUAUCUCCCAUGGUCUGAAACUUUUUUCUCUCUGCUGGUAGGAAGCAAGAUGUAGGUAAACUGCAAGGUUUACACUCAAAAUUCCUUGCAUCCACAAGAAGGCAGUCUGCCCGUGGACAGUUUGCCUCAAGGAACCUGUGGCUCAAGCAUUUCCUUCCCAGGCCUGUAUUAUUUUUGUCUUUGCCUUUAGAUUUUAAUUAACAAUUGGAUUUUCUAUACAGCAAGAGGAAACACAGAGAAAUCCAUAAAUUAGUAUUUUUAAUAUAGACAUUGAAGGGGGAGGGGGAAGAUGUAAUAUUUUAUCCUGAACAUUUAUGUUUAGAGUGUUUUGGAAAGAGAUGGUGCAUCUUUAAAUUCUCUAUAGUAUAAAGAAAUGCAUUAAGUUGCUGGUCAACUCUUUUAAGGUGUUUAAAUGCAUGGCUCAUGACUGUUAUGUAAAACUUCAAUACAGCCUUACAAACAACAAGGGUAUAUUGUAUUUGAAAAAAUGGUAUAUGGCUUGGAAACUUGCUCUGAAUUUCUCUGAGGUGUUGAACUUUGCCAUCAGCAAAAAGUAUUUUUAGUAAAGAGACCUUGAAUUUUCAGACAACAGAGAUUUCAUCAGGUGGGGUCUCUGAUUUUUCCAUUACAGAAAAAUAUUAAAUAGUUAGAAUACUUUAUUUGUAAGUAUAAUUUAUCUUUUGAUUCCAUGAAGUAGAAUUCAUAAGGCUCAAUCAUGCCCAGAAGUGAAAGGCAGAGCUGUUGGCCAAGAAUAUUUUUUGCAAACCCAAGGGCAGUGCUCCCUAAGGCGGGCUGAGCCAUCGGCCCUCUCUUCUGCUACCCGAGCGUUGGCAAAGCCACCCGGGGAGGUUUGCUUGAUUUGACUGGGCUUUGGGGCAGCCCCAAGGAUUGCUGAAAGCAGCACAGACCCCACCAGCUCAGAGAUCAUCUCUCCUCCCUGCUGGUGUUUACGAGCCCAUACCCAGUUCACGGUCUUUGUUCGGGACUUUUGGGGCGAAGUAAUAACCAGGAUAGAACACCUUCCUCGGCCUUUCCGUACCACAGCACCUUGGGCAAGAUUCAGCCUUUAAAGCAGUCAUCCUACAACAGGGUAAUGUGUUACUGAGCUUGUCUGUCACUAGGCUACAGAAAACCUCCUAUUUUGCUGGUCAAAUAAUAAGAAUAGAUAUUUUUUUUCUGUUUAUUAUUAUUUUCUUUCUUGGAAAAGCUGUGUCAAAUUGAUCUAACAUUAGAGCAAGUGAUUGGUGUAGCACUAAUCUACCUUAUUACUGUGAAUGGUAGUAACUUAUUAAGCAGACUUUAAGCUAAACGCACAGACUUUUCAUGUUUUACUUUACAGAAAGGUCAGUUUGGGCCCAGUCCUGCUGUCCUUGGACCUCGUUCCAGGGUUUUUUGCACCAGUGUAAAUCAGGAGUGGCUCCACUGACGCCGAGUCAGGUACCAGGGUGUACAAAUCAGUGAACCUCCACUGGCUCCCCCGGCCGGCUCAGAACCAGCCAAGGAUCUGGAUCAGUGGAAUCAGCAGGGAAACAACACAUUUAUGCUGGUGUAAAAAAUGAUACACGUACAGAAGACAAAAGGUUUUUUAUCUCCCAGAAUAUUCCUCUAGAGGUCACAGGGACCACUGUCGGAGCCCGUCAUGCUGCUGUGUUACUGGUUGUACUGGGGGCGAACGCAUAGUGCACAAUAUAUUGCUAUAUUUUAUAAUAGGGACCAAAUUUCUUCCCCAUAUUAUGCAAAUAUGGGGAAUAAAUGCAGUGGGAGUUCCAGUUAUUUCCCUGAUAAAAAUGAAGACUGUUUAGGGUUAUUGGGGACUUGGGGGAGGGGAAGAGGGGUUGUUUGUUUUUUUCCCCUCAGAGAAAAAGUAAUUUAAGUGAAAUGUGCAAGGCGGUGUUUAAUUGCUUCCUGCCUUGUUUGUACAUAGCAAUUUGGCUGUUUAUUGGUUGUCUUUGUUCAGAUUUUUAUUGUAACUUGUUGCUAUAUAUGCAACCAAGUGUAUGUUAAAGUUUAAACUUUGCUACAUAAUAAUGCACAAUUUUAUGUGCUUUAAAACUUUGUAAAUAUAUAGAUGAACAAUGUAUGCUGUGCUAACUGUGAUCUUGGGACUUGACACAACAAUAUUUUCAUGCAUAUGUACCUGCAAAUGGUUUGAAAAUAGCAAAAUAUAUAUUGAGGAUGGCCACGAGCCAAGAGUAAAUGAGUGCCGUAUGACUCAUGCUUCUUUAAUAAUUCCUGAAAGAGGCAUGUAUAGUACAUAAAAUAGAUAAUAAAAAUAAUUUUCAAGACUACAAAUAUUUUUUAUAACUUCAGAUAUUAAAUACUAUUUUAGAAAAAAAGAUUGGUUGGUAAAAGAAAUCUUAGGUUUAUUCAAGUGAAUCAUUGUCAUAAAAAUGUUCUUAACAUAGAUUUUUUUGUUUGAUCUAAUAUCAUAGAAACCUAGCUCUUUUAAGAUGUAGAAGACUUGAAGUGCUCUUGCAUUCUUACAGCUCCUGUGAUCUUCUGAAAUUAUGUGCUUCAAGUCUUCUCCCUCAUUAACAAAAAAAUGCUAGUGUAUACGUUCACGUCAUCCUAAAUACCAUGUGUUACUUGUGGAUAAUCUUUAAACUGUUUUUUGAAAUACGUUCUAUCUGACCAUCAUCAGGUACUCACGUAUGUGAGCUUUACAAUCCACGGAAAUCUGAAUGUAAUUUGUGUUUUUCUCUGAAUUCUUUUGCUUUUAUUGGGAAGUGACUUUUUCUAAGGCCAAGCUUUCAAAUAUGGUCUCCAAAUUUUUAUUUUGGUUUACGUAUUCAGAAACCUAAAUGAAAUAGGCAUGGCUUCCAGAGUUUGUGGGUAAAAAUAACUUCCCAUCAAAGUCAACAGAAACUGAAAUUCAAUUUAUAUAAAUGUAAAUGCUGUAAUACAGAAGCGAUAUCCGGGUAGUCAGAUUUGAAGUGGCAUCUUUCUAAUCUGUGUGUUACAACAACCGCAGACGUUGCUGGCAUAGGAGCAUCUUUGCAUCAAAGGGAAGAGCAUAAAAGCCUCGGGGGCUGGCAGAGCCCUCUCCCCCACGCCUGGGGGUGUCGCACGGGCGCUUUCCGCUGUGCAGUUACAGUGACAGCCCCACAGAUCUGCUCCACGUUCCUGGUGUGAAUCCCUGCUCAAGCCCUGUUGCAAACACUCCGUGGAUAAUCUGCUCAUAGUCCAGAAACACCCCGGCUACUACCUACAGAGGGAAUUACCUUAUAAAAGUGAAACACACUCUUCUGUUGCAAUUCCUUGGUUUUUCACAUAUUUUUGUACACAGAAAAGCAAAGCAUGGCAACAUUUCUAACAGUAUAAAAUUGGGUUACUGUAUUUAAGCAAGAGAAGAACAACUCCAUUUUGAAUGCUGCAGUGAAACUGGAAGGAUUCUGCUUUGGGUCACUGUUUACCUUGUUUCAAAGAUGGACAGGUUACUAAAUGUAUUUAACCAUCACACUGUCUGAGCCUCUCAACGUUUCACGUACUCUUCCCCCUUUGGUACAGAUAAUGCCAUCACUGGAAUAACUGACAUGCCCAAGGUCACACAGACAGCUUGUGACAGAGCAGGGACAUAAUUUUCUGGCUACAGAUCCUUACACCACCAUCAAUUAUCCAUAGCUUGUGCACAAGUACAUGUGGUAAUGUAAAUGUUGACAAAUGUCUGUAUUUCAGCCCUGACAGGCCAGCUCAUGGCAAGCUUCAGAAUAACAGCAUCUUACUGGAGUAUCUGUGGGUAUGUUCACACAUGGAAAGUAUUUUAACCAAAACACAGCCAAAGAGGAGUUAAGCAGCAGAGCAAAAUAGUUCUUAAAAUGUAAGAUAAAACGUGACUGUUAGUCACUUCUUCUUCCCUGAUUUUUAAUUUCAAACCAUUAAGAUUGUUAGCAAAUUUACUAAGAAAAAAAACCCAAACAAAACAACAAACAAAUGCAAGUAAUCAGUCAGGUACAGUAACCUAAGAAAUUAACUAGAACCACCACAAGACAAAGAAGGAUUUUUGUGUGCAUGUACUUAAAUUACGUUGGUGCAUUUCUGCAUGUACCAUGCAAUUUUUAGGGCCUUGUUGUUCGUAUGUUUUGCUUGCCCCGAGCUGAGAUUUCUUCUUUAUUUAAGAAGACAUGUAGGUGAACUUACAGACCUUUAUAACAAGUCUGCCAUGGUUUCUUCAAGGACAGUGCUGUUUUAUAACUGCCUCUGUGUUCUAUGCUCUUUUACUGAAAUGCUUUUAAAUCAACUGGAAAGAAGUUAACAAACUCUUAUAGGCAUGUUUUUGACUUGUUCGUCUGACAGCAAAAGAUAACCAUUUCCCUGGUCCAUUCAAAUGUAUUAACUUAUAUAAACUGUCAUCUCUCUGAGCAAACUAUUAACUUAUUUUUUAAUUCUGUCCUAAAUAAAGGCUUUGGGUUUCA